UUGUUCCCACACAUUCGACCCCGGGAGUGUAUGCAAAUUAAAGUGUCCCAAGACGAUCCCUUCUACGGACCAAGAAAUGUGACAUGCCUGAACUUAUUGCGAUCAAUCCCUGUUCGUGGGGAAUGCAUGGGUAGAAGAGAACAGCUAAAUGGAGCUACAUCUUUCUUGGAUGCAUCAACAAUUUAUGGUUCAUCUGUGCAACAUUUGAAGUCGUUGAGAUCUUUCAGCAAAGGUCAACUUAAGACGCAGAUGAUCAAUAAUGUUCCCUUUAUGGCCUUUAAGAAGUUAUCGGGCUAUGCUUGUGGAACUCCUAAAGAGCCGUUGAAGUGCUUUUCCGCUGGUAAGUCAAAGAUCACAUCGUCAAACUUGACAGGGGUGCUCAUCCCCUCCCAAUUUAAAAUACUUUCAGGUGAUUCAAGAGCCAACAUGAUGGUUGAAAUGACAGCAAUUCACGUUUUGUGGUAUAGAGAGCAUAACCGCAUAGCAAGUGCUUUACAUAAGCUUAAUUUGAAUUGGACGGAUGAAAUUUUGUUCCAGGAAACUCGAAAAAUUCUGAUUGCCGAGUUGCAGCACAUAACAUACAACGAAUUCCUUCCUUUGUUAUUGGGUGAUAAAGCACUAGAAGAGCACGAGCUAAAGAUUAAUCCCAAUCAGACUUAUGACGGAUAUGAUGACACGAUUGAUCCUAGCGUUUACAAUGUAUUUGGUGCAGCAGCAUUUAGAUUUGGACACAGUUUGGCACAGGAUGAAUUGGUGCUCUAUGGUCAUGGCGAUAACGAAGAAGACCAGGUUCUGUUACACGAAACGUUCUUCAAUCCUCACCUCAUAUACCACAAUGGGCUUGACCUUUUAAUACGAGGGGCUACAUUACAAAGGACACACUCAGUCGAUAGCUACAUCACAACAGAGGUGCGUGAGCAUCUCUUCCAGCCAGUUGAACUUGAUUAUGGCCAUGAUUUGUCAGCGGUUGGUAUUCAAAGAGGAAGAGACCAUGGUUUACCAGGUUAUACUAAGUGGAGGGAAGUUUGCGGAUUAUCUUCGAUCGACGAUUGGGAUGACCUGUAUGAGGUUAUGGACAAGAUGAGAGCCGAUAAUCUUAAAGCUGUUUACGAAUCUGUGGACGAUAUUGACUUCAUUCCUGGAGCUUUAGCAGAAAACCAUGUCGAAGGAUCACUUCUUGGCCCUACCCAUACAUGCGUCAUCGGGCGGCAAUUUAAGAAAACCAGAAAAGGAGACAGGUUAUGGUUCGAAAAUCGAAAUCAGAUCGAAUCUUUUACUGAAGAUCAGCUAAAAGAGAUUUAUAAAUCUAGUGUAGCUCGCAUCAUUUGUGACAACGCAGACAGUAUUCACAAGGUACAGAAACAUCCUUUCGAAAUGCCAUCUGAGAGCAAUCCUAUCGUGUCUUGUCAAGACAUUUCUUCUGUAGAUUUGUCCAAGUGGAGUUAAUACAUGCUUACAUUCAGCUCCUGA